GACUCUGAAUCACAUCCUUCUGCGAUUUCGAGGAGUGCACACCGGUGGUCGCAUCCGCAACCGAAUUCGCACCCGUAACCGUAUUCGCAACCGUUACCGUAACCGCGCUCCGAUCUCUCCAGCUCGCCAUGGAUAUCUCCGCCUACCAGCACAUGAACAUCCGGAUGAGCACGCGCGGCAAGCGUCCGCUGCGGAAUCUCACGCCCAACGACAAAGUGCGCGCCAUCCAGCGCAUCCACAAUGGCGAGACAAAGGCCAGUGUUUCCCGCGACAUCGGAGUCCCAGAGUCCACGCUCCGGGGCUGGUGCAAGAACGAACAGAAGCUGCGCUUCAUGUGCCGCCAACUGGGACCGGAUCACCUGGGCCUGGUGGACACACCGCCCGAGAAGCGGGCCAAGUUCGAGCUGCAGCUUCAACUGCCGCCCAAGUUUGUGGGUCUGCCGCAGAACUACGAGGAGCUGGGCUUUGGAUCGCUGCCCUAUGCCGCAGGAGACUAUCCGGGACAAAGCGAGAGCUUGCUCGAGAAGCUGAGCCUGGUGGAGUUUGUGAAGAAGAAUGGCCUGCAUCCGGAAAUGAUGCAGCAAAACGGUGUCGGCGUGAUGGACUACUCCAACAAUAUGCUGCAUCAGCUGAAUCUCCUGGCGCUGCUCAACUCCAAAUUGGCCCCUCCUCCCCAGGCACCGCCCCAAGAACCAGUGUCGUCAGUGGAGACACACGCACCCAAGUCGGAGGAGGAGAACAAGGUGCUGGCUUUGGCUUCGGAGGACUACGCCAAGAAUGGGCAGCCCUUGCUGAGUGUAAAGAACUGGGCCAAGGAUCCGGCCAAGCGAGCCAGCCAGCCGGAGCAGGUCAACGAUAAGAACAACAAUGCCCUGGAUGCCAACAGUCAGGGUGUUCUGCAAACGGAGCAGGCCAAGACGCCCAUGUUCCCGGAUACCACGACGACAGUGCCAGUGCCCACUCUACUGCCAGCUCCCUUUCCGACUCCCGCGGAUCUAGCGCCUGUGAUAGCACCACCGCCACCGCCGCCCAUGGGUGCCGCCAUAGGUUCCACCAGUGGCAGCAGCACCACACCCCCGGAAGCCGACAACCAGGGUGCCGCCCUGCUGGACUGGUGCAAGCUCUUCAACGCCAGCCUCAACUUCCUGGCCUUUGCAGCGGCCGCAGCCUCCAUGCAGCCCGGCGGAGGCGGAGGUGUGCAUCCCAUCUACAAUCCCCAUGCGGCGGCCACUGCGAGCUCCUCGGAGCCCGACCUAGAGACAUAUCCCUUCAACGAGGCCCUGAUGAAGCGCCUCAGCCCGCUGGCCCACAGCGAGGCCUCCAACGAAAGCUACUGUGACAGCGAGCCGGAGGACCUGUCCGUGAGGUCCUGCGCCUCCAAGGCCUCCAGCAGAUCGCACACCCCGGACAAGAGCAGCGGGUCCAGCGAUGCCGAGCAGUAGAGGUCCCCCCGGCCCAGUUCUUAGUUCUUAGUCCUUAGGCCAUAGUGUAAAUACCUCCAUUUUGAUUGUUAAUAGCCACCUUAGUAUUCACGAACACGACUCAUUUUGCGAGGCAAAUACUAUUUGCAUUUAUCAAUUAGCGCAUUAAUAUCAACGCAACAGGUAUUAAUAGAUCGGCGUACUAUAGCUAGUAUUAACUAGGGAUAUCGACUGUGUGGCCACUUGUUUUUGAAAACCAAAUUCAAUUCAUCUACACGUAUAAUAACAAAUACUAAUUGUGUUAAGUAGCUUAAUUAUUUGGCCCGUUCGUCAGCCAUUCCAAUCGAUUUGUUUUCGUACUGCUGUAAUCUCCGUAACUCUUAGUAAGCAUAUAAACUAAUUAAUAACGAAGCGAAUAAAUAUUUAUUAACAACCGAACAAAAUAAACUUUAAA